UCAUCACCUCCGAACUUCUACUUCUUGUAGCUUAAGUGUCUGACCGAUGGCCGCGCUCGGAGUCGCUGCUUGCGAGAAGGACGCGGAAAUGCUGGCGCUCAUCGAGGAGCUGACGGCGAACGCCGGGCGGGUGCAGGAGCGGGUGCUGGCCGAGAUCCUGACGCAGAACUCCGAGGCAGAGUACCUGAAGCAGAAAUGCGACCUCGGCGGCGCCACGGACAGAGCCACCUUCAAGGCCAAGGUUCCGGUGGUCACGUACGAAGACGUCCGGCCUGAGAUCCAAAGGAUUGCCGACGGAGACUGCUCCGCCAUCCUCUCCGGCCAUCCCAUCACCGAGUUCCUCACCAGCUCGGGGACGUCGGCCGGCGAGAGGAAGUUAAUGCCUACUAUCCAAGAAGAGUUGGACAGGAAGCAGCUCCUUUACUCUCUUCUCAUGCCUGUUAUGAACUUGUAUGUGGAUGGGCUGGACAAGGGCAUGGGGCUGUAUUUCCUGUUCGUGAAGGCGGAGAGCAAGACGGCCGGCGGGCUCCCGGCCCGGCCGGUGCUGACCAGCUACUACAAGAGCCACCACUUCCGCCACCGCCAUUUCGACCCCUACAACGUGUACACGAGCCCCACCGCCGCCGUCCUCUGCCCCGACGCCUUCCAGAGCAUGUACGCCCAGAUGCUCUGCGGCCUCCACCACCGCCUCCGCGUCCUCCGCGUCGGCGCUGUCUUCGCCUCCGGCCUCCUCCGCGCGAUCCGCUUCCUGCAGCUCCACUGGCGCCAGCUCGCGCAUGACAUCGCCACCGGCACGCUCACUCCCCGCGUGUCUGACCCGGCCGUCCGCACGGCCGUGGCGGAGGUGCUCACGCGGCCCGACGCGGCGCUGGCGGAGGUCAUCGAGUCGGAGUGCGCCGGAGGAGACUGGGCCGGCAUCGUCGCCCGGAUAUGGCCCAACACCAAGUACCUGGACGUGAUCGUGACCGGCGCCAUGGCGCAGUACAUCCCCACGCUGGAGUUCUACAGCGGCGGCCUCCCGAUGGCCUGCACCAUGUACGCCUCGUCGGAGUGCUACUUCGGGCUCAACCUCCGACCGAUGUGCAAGCCCGGCGAGGUCUCCUACACCAUCAUGCCAAACAUGGCCUACUUCGAGUUUCUUCCCCUGGAAGACGGACUCUCCUCGGGCUCCGCCGCCACCGGUGCUCCGCCGCAGCUCGUCGACCUGGCCCAAGUGGAGGUGGGCAAGCAGUACGAGCUGGUCAUCACUACGUACGCCGGGCUCUGCCGCUACCGAGUCGGCGACAUUCUACAGGUGACGGGGUUCUACAAUUCGGCGCCUCAGUUCCGCUUCGUGCGGCGGAAGAACGUGCUGCUGAGCAUCGAGUCGGACAAGACGGACGAGGCGGAGCUGCAGCGGGCGGUGGAGCGGGCGUCGGCGCUGCUGCGGCGCUGGGGCGCGAGCGUGGUGGACUACACGAGCCAAGCGGAGACGCGGUCGAUUCCGGGGCACUACGUGAUCUACUGGGAGUUGCUGGUGAGAUCGGAGGGGGAGGACCGGUGGCCGCCGAAGGAAGCACUGGAGGCGUGCUGCUUGGAGAUGGAGGAGGCGAUGAACUCGGUUUACCGGCAGAGCCGGGCGGCGGACGGCUCGAUCGGGCCGCUGGAGAUACGCGUGGUGCGCGGAGGCACGUUCGAGGAGCUGAUGGACUACGCCAUAGGGCGCGGGGCGUCCAUCAACCAGUACAAGGUGCCGCGCGCCGUGGCAUUCGAGCCGAUCAUCGAGCUGCUGGACUCCAGGGUCGUGGGGGCCUACUUCAGCCCUGCCUGCCCCAAGUGGACCCCGCAACCUCGCAAUUGAGUAGUAUACAUCCUUAUGCCUUAUCGCUAUCGACGUAAUAAAUAAAUAAAUAUAUUUAUCAUAAUUUGUAUCCCAAUAUUUAUGCACUAGAGUGCAAUAUAUCAUUUCUUGUUCUUAUUGGAGCUCUAAAUGUACUUCCAUGCUUGGACAGGUUAAAUUUGAUAAGAUCUUAUUUACUUUCGUU